AAAGCGUCUUCAAAAAACCCUUCGUUCUAGGGUUUUAGUCUUCAUAACACAGUUGCCGCUUCGAUUCGAAAGGGUUUAUCGACAUCUAGCCGAAAAUGGUUUUCUGGGGACUUGAAGUGAAACCUGGGAAACCUCAAUCUUAUGAUCCAAAAGUUGAACAAGGGAAGGUUCACGUGACCCAGGCAACUCUAGGCCAGGGUUUGGGCAAAGGAAGCAGUGUGAUUCAGUGUUCGAAAGGAGACAAAACUCCGAUUUACUUGUGUUCAUUGUUGCCCAACAAAACCGAAUGCUGCCCUUUGAAUCUUGAGUUUGAUGAUGAUGACGAAACAGUUGAAUUCUCUGUGACUGGUGACAGAAGCAUUCAUCUGUCUGGUUACUUGGAGGAAUAUGAUCAGGAAGAUGAUGAUUCAGAUGGAAUCGAUAUCGGUGAAACUGAGUCAGACGAGUCGUCUGACUAUGACAGUGAAGAGGAGCAGAUGGAUGAAUUUGAGGACUUCCUUGAUAGCAAUCUUGAAAUGUAUCGGCAGUCUUCUGCCCCAAACAGCGGAGUUGUCAUUGAGGAGAUCGAAGACGAAGAGAAGCCAGCCAAAGAUAAUAAGGCAAAACGACCCAAGAAGAAGAGUCAAGCUAGCAAAGACGAGAACGCAAAUAAACAAAUCAUUGUCAAAGAGAGUGCAAAUGCUCCAGUCCUGGAAAGCGAGGAUGAAGACGGUUUUCCCAUUCCCAAAGGAGAAGCACCUGAGUCAGAGAAUAGGUCUGGUGAGAAGAUUAACUUAGAUAGCAACAAAAAGCGGAAGGCCAAGGCUUCUGAGCAAGAUGGUGUAGAAGAAAGUCUAAACAAGAAUAAAAAGAAGAAAAAUCAGAAAGAAAAGAAGAACGUGUCAAACGAGGAAGCUGAUGAACAAGUGCUUACGGGAAAUGUGCUGAACAAGCAGGAAACCAGCCAAAAUUCUCCAAACCCGAAAACUCAAAAUGGAACUGUAGACAAUGCCAUGAAUGAAAGCUCCAAGACCCCAAGUAAAUCUGCUGAGAAGAAAAAUAAGAAGAAAAACAAGAACUUAAAUGGGGAAGCUACAGUGGAGAGUAAAUCCGUUUCUAGUAGUGUUGAGAAACCAAAAUCAGACUCAAUAGAGCGGAAUCAAGUGAACUCCAAGGCUUCUCAAGAACGGACAUACCCAAAUGGGCUCAUUGUUGAAGAGUUAGCCAUGGGCAAACCCGACGGCAAGAAAGCUACUCCUGGAAAACAGGUUAGUGUCCGCUACAUUGGGAAACUUCAGAAGAAUGGGAAGAUCUUUGAUUCCAACAUUGGAAAAGCACCUUUCAAGUUCCGUCUAGGUGUUGGACAAGUCAUUAAGGGAUGGGAUGUCGGCGUUAAUGGCAUGCGUGUUGGUGACAAAAGAAAGCUUACAAUUCCUCCAGCAAUGGGGUAUGGUGCGCGUGGUGCUGGUGGCCAGAUUCCUCCUAACGCUUGGCUGACGUUUGAUGUCGAACUGAUGGAUGUUAAGUAGAACCGCUCUUGAGUUCAUAGAAACCUUUCAAAGACUGAAUCUAUGAUAUGAGGAUUUUUGAAGUGUAUUUGUAGCUGCUAAAGAUUGAAUCUUUCCUCCUAACUCUUGAAUCUUUUUGAGAAAAGGAUUUGUGUUUCCCAUUCGGGCAUAACAUUUGUUCUUUAAGUUGUCUUGUAUUGUGACUUGUGAGAGUUUCUCAAAUUUUGAUGCCAAUUAGCUAGUUCUCGCUUCA